AGGUUGGAAAGUGAUUUAUUUUUUAUUAUAGGCUAAUAGUCAAAGACCUGGCGGAAAAAAAAUAUAUGUUCCAUCCAUCAUUGAUCAAGUAUGCAUUAUUGCGCAUUAUUAUUACUUCGUUACAACAUGUAGGCUAAUAACAGGUGUUUUAUGAACUGACACAAUGAAAAAAACUAUUCUGCUAAAGAAAACCAAGGUGUAAAACUCAGAGAUGGGACCAAGUCACAAUUUUUGCAUGUCCUAAGCAAGUCUCAAGUCUAAAAGGCAGUGCAUCUCAGUGCUAGAGGCGUCACUACAGACCCUGGUUCGAUUCCAGGCUGUAUCACAACCGGACGUGAUUGAGAGUCCCAUAGGGCGGCGGACAAUUGGCCCAGCGUCGUCCGGGUUAAGUAAUAGUCUUUGAAACCCAAUGCAAUGGUUUUUGGGACCGGUGAGGUGGCACUACAGGUCACAGAGUGGUGGGGCAAAUUGUUUUCGCUGGAGUCCGGAGCAUUUCCUAAUCUGGUAGCCUAACCAGGUAUAAAUCAGGACCCUAUAGGGUCUGACAGUGAUUAAUUAGUAGUUGUAAAAAGGUAUUUAUAUGUGCAAUGAUGGGAGUGGGACCAGAUUUAGAUUUUAGUAAUUUAGCAGACUCUUACCUAGAGCAAUUAAGGUGAAGUGCCUUGCUCAAGGGCACAUCGGGAGAUUUUUCACCUAGUCAGCUCGGGGAUUCGAACCAUUGACCACUAGGCUACCUGCCGCCUAGGUAUAAGUUCUAAACAGGUCACAUGGUUGUAAAGAAAUUCUGGAAAAACUCCUGGCCCUAGAGAGGAUGAAACUCCUGUGAAACUGCAGCAACCUUGUAGUCGUUAAUAUGAAUUAUAUUUUACAACUACUUUCCUUUACACAGACACAAACACUGCAAUUUGACAAGAGAACUCACAGGGCAGAGCAAAUGUCAUUAAAAAGUAACUCCCAGUCUAUUUAUGUUUUGGAUUGACAUGUUGGAUUGAAAAGGUCAAGGUAGCCUGAGCCAGCCAGCCCAAGUUUGAAUAUAGCCUAAACCAAAUUUGAUCACAUUCACAUUUUCUCCUAAAACAAAUAAACGGACUAUAAAUAGGCUACAUAACAUGACCACUUCGUUUACCCUGCGGGCUGUGGUUGUUAUAAUUAGCCUAGUUGAUCAGACUGAGAAAUCGUUUUCUUCCCAUACAGUUUAGGUGUAGGCUGCUGCAACAUUUCUGUAAAUAGUCAUGUAUUGUGUUUGUCGUGAGUGAUGUGUUAUCACGUUUGCUAAAUAAAUACUGGAGGACAGUGGAGCUGAGCACCUUUUGUGCCCGGCCUGCGCAACCUGUGAUUUCCGCGAAUCUGAUUGGUUAAAACACAGAACAGAACGCACAGAAUCUGCAGCACUCCCAUAUGAAGGACAGAUAGGUUUACAUAGUGCGCGAGGUGACAAAUCAAGUCUCUCGCGUCAUACAGUUCAAGUCCAAGUUAAGUCACGAGUCAUAGAUGCUCAAAUCGAAGUCGAGUGGCAAGUGUUUUUUUUCUUCUCGCAAAUUCGAGUCGCAAAAUGUGCAACUCUAGUGGUACGUGUCCAAGUCACGUGACUCGAGUCCACAUAUCUGGCAAAAUUAGACCAGACUAGACUAGGAUAGAAUGGAAUAGAAUAGAUCCUCUAUACCGGGAAAGAAAAGCGGAUGAUAUUGAAACGUGAACGCGCAUAUGACGCGCACCAGCCUGGCACGUUUGGCAUGCACCGCAAAUCCGCAAUCUCCCAACCCAAUCUUGCGUUCAUGCCAAGAAGAUAAUUUCUCAGUAAAUGUAUUUAACUAGACACCGGAAACAGCAGGUAGUGGUGGUGGGACCCUCAACGCGAGGGGCAUCAAUCCUCAUAGAAGAAGACGGGCGGGACAGUCGGGGUGUGGAGAGUUUCAGAACAACAAGUUAACAUUUCUCCUCUAUCUAGGCAGAGGUGAACAUUGAAAAAUAUGGCUUUGACUCAAGAAACUAUUUUGACUUUUUUGUUGGAGCACGGGGGCAAAGUGAAGAAUUCGGAUUUGCUGAAUAAUUUUAAACCUCAGAUCAAUUGCAGUGAUCCCGCGGAAAAGAAGCACAAUAGGGAUAUAUUCAAGACAAUUAUAAACAGCGUUGCGGUCGUCAAACAGAUCGAUGAUGUCAAGUUUGUCGUUGUAAAGAAAAGGUUUCACGACUUUGUGAAAGAGGGAAUGCAUUCAACCACUGAGAAGUCGGACUUGGACGAGAGCAUUUGCAGUCAAAACACGUCGUUCUCACCCAGUUCUUCAGAACACAGUGAAACUUCAGCCAUUUCCAAAUCUGGUAGGAUACUGAACUCUGACAUUGAAAAUAACAAUUCAUGUUGUGUUUCAAGCAUACAUGGAAAUUGUUUCAACGAUAUUGUAAAACAUAUGCCUCUGCAUAUAAAUGAAUUGGGAGGAAGACCUAAUGUGCACCCAGAAGGUUAUGGGGGUGCAGUUAGGUCAAGUAACCUUAUCAAAAAUACUUAUCAAGAAACACCCACAAUCAAGAUACUGAAUGUUUCAGCUGAUCAAGGGAUCAGAAAAACUGGGAAAAUUACUGGCCCUGUGUUUGCUAUAGUGGCAGUGAAAUCUCCACCACAAUCACAGAGAGAAGAUCUGACGAGGCAGGAUGGAUUUAAUAACAAAGUGUCUGUGGGACCAAAAACUUCUGAGAUUCCAAGCAUGUUGGCAAAGAGACUUCCCACUCCUCUACCACCAGAGGCAGCCGUGACUCCUAAACCCCCAGGCAGAGUGAGCUCAGAGUGGGGUACGGGCACCUACACCUCCCCUGGGGCUAAAAUCAGACAUCCAGAGCUAGGAGUAGCACCACAAACAUCUGGCUCUCCACAGCUGAGGAGAACCCAAAACAAGCACCUGAAACAAGGGGACAAUGUCAAGGAUGUCAAUAAGUACUCUGAGUCUCAGUCUCCACAGCUGAAGAGAACCCCAAACAAGCUCCUGAAACAGGGCAACGACACCACCAAUGAUCUCACCACGGCGGCCAAUAAGGUUACCACUAAAGAUGCCAAUAAGUACUCUGAUCAAUCUAUCCCUUUGGAAGCUGCAGCUCAUGAGUGGCUGGUGAAGUCUGCUGCCGGUCUCUGGGGACAUAUCUACAGGCUCCUGUUACAGGACCCGCAGCUUGCCGAGAAGAAAGAUUUCAUCUCGGGUUUCACUGCCCUCCACUGGGCGGCCAAGGGCGGCAAUACAGACAUGGUCCGCAAUAUCCUGGACAUCUGCAGGAAGAGAGGCACGGAGGUGGACGUCAACAGCAGAACACAGGCGGGUUAUACUCCUCUACACAUCGCUGUCAUACACGGACAUGAUGGAGUCAUAACCUUGCUGGUGAGAGACUACGGCGCCAGUGUGAAUAUAAGGGAUAAUGAUGGGAAGAAGUCGUACCACUACCUGGAGAAAGGUGUGUCAUCUGAGCUCAGGGAACUGCUAGGGGACCCACGGGUAUCCCAACAGGACAGGUGUCAGGACAAGCAAGAGGAUGAGGAGGACAGGGAGCUACCCAGGGGACUGAAUACACUGAGCAGACUGAUGGGACACAGGAAGAGAAACAAAAACCACGCUGGUGAAGACACAGAGGAUGACAGAAAGGAUGGGCCACAGCCGUACCAUCGCAGACACUUCUCAGACAUGUUCUAUCAUCAUUGAAUGUUCAACAUUUGAACAGAUAAUCUAUUUAAACCCUCUUGAGACUGUAUUACAAUAUUUGAUCAAGCCUCAAUGUGAAUGUUGAGUAUUUCACUAAGCUAACUGAACAAGCACUAGUAUAAGCCAUGUACUGAUGGUAACACAAUCUACUUUUCAGGUAUUAAUAUUGUACCUGUCUUGAUUUAGUGGUGAGACAUAUGUAUAGCUAUAUAAGGAUUUCUAAGCUCUUAGGAAAGUUAUUGACUGUAAUGUGUUGAAGUAAGUUUUUAUAUAUAUACUGACCCAAGUUAUUUUAUAAAGUUGCAUAACAAAUACCAUUUGUGUUUUCUAUGUUUCACACUCUCUGUCUGCACUGCAGGGGUGUAGUCCUGUACCUGCAGCAUGGAAACAACCUGUCAUUUCAUUGAUUCAGCCGAACUAUAGAUAGACAUACGUCAACAAACCACACCUUGGCAACAACCGAGUGGACAGAAACACCUUCGUGUUCUCCAUUAACAGUGAUGCCAUGGUGUUGAUGCCAUGGUGUUGAUGCCAUCAUGAAUGAUGCCAUGGUGUUGAUGCCAUGGUGUUGAUGCCAUGGUGUUGAUGCCAUGGUGUUGAUGCCAUGGUGUUGAUGCCAUGGUGUUGAUGCCAUGGUGUUGAUGCCAUGGUGUUGAUGCCAUGGUGUUGAUGCCAUGGUGUUGAUGCCAUCAUGAAUAAUGCCAUGGUGUUGAUGCCAUCAUGAACGAUGCCAUGGUGUUGAUGCCAUGGUGUUGAUGCCAUGGUGUUGAUGCCAUAGUGUUGAUGCCAUAGUGUUGAUGCCAUCAUGAAUGAUGCCAUAGUGUUGAUGCCAUCAUGAAUGAUGCCAUGGUGUUGAUGCCAUGGUGUUGAUGCCAUCAUGAACGAUGCCAUGGUGUUGAUGCCAUGGUGUUGAUGCCAUGGUGUUGAUGCCAUAGUGUUGAUGCCAUCAUGAAUGAUGCCAUGGUGUUGAUGCCAUAGUGUUGAUGCCAUCAUGAAUGAUGCCAUGGUGUUGAUGCCAUCAUGAAUGAUGCCAUGGUGUUGAUGCCAUCAUGAAUGAUGCCAUGGUGUUGAUGCCAUGGUGUUGAUGCCAUGGUGUUGAUGCCAUGGUGUUGAUGCCAUCAUGAAUGAUGCCAUGGUGUUGAUGCCAUGGUGUUGAUGCCAUGGUGUUGAUGCCAUGGUGUUGAUGCCAUGGUGUUGAUUCCACUUUGUUUAUUUUCACAUAUUUCUUCCUCUGCUUUAAUCAAUCUUGUUUGUCAGGAAUGUGUCAAAGUAAAACACAUUAUUGGGAUGUGCCUGUCUGUUCUCGUAACACUAAGAACAGAGCAUUACAUUUGGGGCGGCAGGUAGCCUAGUGGUUAGAGCGUUGGGCCAGUAACCGAAAGGUUGCUAGCUCGAAUCUUUGAGCUGACAAGGUAAAAAUCUGUCGUUCUACCCCUGAACAAGACAGUUUAACCCACUGUUCCUAUGCCGUCAUUGUAAAUAGGAAUUUGUUCUUAACUGACAUUCCUAGUUAAAUAAAAAUUUACAAAAUA